UUUCCUUUUCCCAACCUUCCAAAGGAACACAAACAAAAAUCAGAUAUCUACAACGGACUAAACCGUCUAACAUGGGGGUAAGUUAAGUUCUUUGAGUUCUUUUCGUCCCACCUGCUCUUUUCCAAUUCAGUAAUCAAUCUUGAUUAUUCGAACUGCCCCGCGUUGCUGCCCCGCUCAUCCCAAAAGCUCGACCUGCAAUCAUCUGCAUCAUCUCCCUUUUGAACACGUCAACCUGCCCUGCCUCGAGGAACAAGUAUAGAGAUCCUCUUUGGUGUGCUUGACUAACUGCUGCAUCCUGCACUUGCGUUCCUUCAUUUCUAGUUCGCUUCGAAGAUCGCCAACAGCAUGAACACCAACAAGCCUGGUGGUAGUGGUAGUGGUGUGUAUGGAGGCGCACCGCCCGCUGGCUAUACUGGAGGACCUCCAAGCUCACUGCAGCCUGGAGGAGCACCCGGUGGAUAUCAACAGCAGCAACCUCAACAGCAACAGGGCCAGCAAUAUCAGGCUUACUCAGGCUCUCCUGCUCCUGCUGGUGGUCCGGGUCAGCCUUAUCCUCCUCAAAAUGCGCCUUACUCCGGUGGGCCUGUCCGUCCUCCCCAGCAGGGUGGCCCCCCUGGAGCUGCGUAUGGCCCCUCUGGCGGUGCCCCUCCCCCCGGUCGUGCGACGGAGCAGCAGGUCGCUGCCUACCGACAGCUGUUGAUCGCGACUAUUCAAGAGAAACGUCUUCAAAGCUUCUAUCCGCCAGAAAGACUCAAUGCACUCAUUCAGGCUCUGUCCAAUGAGGCGCCCAUGAAGGUGAACAAGUUGACUCAUGAACUCAACAUCCCAACUGAAGUGGCUAUGGACAUUAUGAAAUUGUCCCUCUUUGAUGUCAUCUUGUAUGUGGACGACAGUGGCUCCAUCGAAUUUGAGGAACGAGGUGUGAGAAAGGAACAGCUGCGAUCGAUCCUCGAGGUCGUCGCAUCGGCUGCUUCCACCUUUGAUGAUGAUGGCAUUUCGGUGCGGUUCAUGAAUUCGUCUGAGCAGGGCGAUGGCAUUCGCAACGCGGAUGAUGUCAGCCGCCUCGUGUCGCGGGUUCGUUUCCAGGGUCUUACCCCGCUGGGCACCAGCCUGCGCAACAAAAUCUUAGACCCGAUGGUGGUGGCUCCGGCGAGGGCAGGCCGACUCCAGAAGCCGAUUCUCAUUAUCACUAUCACUGAUGGACAGCCUGCUGGUGAGCCUCUGGAUAGUGUGUCGAACGCCAUUGGCUAUGCUGUCAGCGAAGUUUCUCGCACUCAGUAUGGACAAGGAGCCGUUUCCUUCCAGUUUUCACAGGUCGGAAACGACACCAAGGCGCGGGAUUUCCUGGCCUCUCUUGACGAAGAUCCUCAGAUUGGCGCGUUGAUUGAUUGCACCUCUAACUUCGAGGUCGAGCAAGAUGAAAUGUCACGGGCCAACCCCCCGGUGCAUUUGACUCGCGAGCUUUGGUGUGCCAAACUGAUGCUUGGUGCUAUUGACUCUUCAUAUGACACCAAAGAUGAAAAGGCUGCUGGGCGCAGCGGUCCUCCACCUCCCGGGCCGCCGGGCGGUCAGUAUGGUGGGUAUAACUACAACCAGCCUCCAGCCCAAGCCUACAACCAGCCACCGCAGGGACAGUAUGGCUCAGGACCGGGAUACAACCAGGCACCAUACCCGCCUAGCCAGGGUCAGGGUCCCCCUCAGGGUCCCCCUCAGGGCUAUGGCCAGGGCUACGGUGGCGGAUAUGGCGCCCCUUCCCCGCAUCCCAACCAGCCCGGCUAUGGACAAUCCUCCGGUGGAGCUACACGAGGCUACACUGGGUACGGAGCGCCUCCCCGCUACUAAGCAGGAGGCAGCAUGUCUGUGGAAAGAGGACGGACGAUGCUGGAUCGCUCUGGGAUUUGCUUUCGUUUGUAACAGUUGAUAAUUUACGUUGAACACGAGCACUGCUAUUCGAUUAGGACAGCCGCGAAAAAUGGCAAUAAUGCAGAUGGCUGAGAGCGUUUCCUCUGUAAGAUCGCAACGUGACGUACCUUAUUCUAUGGUAGUUUCCGAGACAAAGGCCCGACGAAGCUAGGCGUGGGGUUUAGCUGACGACGAGUUGACACUUGACGUAGGCCAGGCACAAAGA